AUGGCCGUCGCACCUUCAAUCUCUGCCGGCAACCUUGCCCGCCCCUUUUCGGUCAUGUGAGGUUUCACGGCGCAUACCUCGCCGCCGUUUACGGCGACUCAAUGGGGACAAUUACGGUCGUUUUGUUUGUUUCUGUACCAUGGCUGCGUAGGUGAGGUGCUCCACGUUACCCGUAUGCCCCGCCGCUAACGGCCCCUCAGAGCGGAAGGGAGUCUAAGGCGGUUGGAGUGGAUAUUCGGGACCAGGCAGCCGCUUCCCUGUUGGCCUCAGGCUCGAAAAGCAGUUGUCAUGGUGUCUUAUGUACAAAGGUUCCACUGUUUAGGGAGACUGUUACGUAAAGUAAACAGCGCUGCAGUGUAGUAAUAUUAAAACGUUAAAAGCAAACAACAAAAUGAGCAAGCGAACAAGCAGUGACAUUCCUUUAGGAAGGAUGAGCACAGCAGCAUUCCCAUCUCCGGCUGCCGAAAUGGCAGAAAUGAAUCGAAUUCAGUAUGAAAUUGAGUAUACUGAAGGGAUCAACCAGAGAAUGAGAGUUCCAGAAAAACUUAAGGUUGCUCCACCAAAUGCUGACCUUGAGCAGGGUGCGCAUGAAGGGGGGCUUCCAAAUGCCAGUGUAACAAUGCAGGUUCCAGAGCGCAUUGUAGUGGCAGGCAAUAGCGAAGACAUUUCACUCUCCAGGCCACCAGAUCUAGAUCUUCUCCAGUCAACCCCAUUCAAGUCUCUGUCACUGAAAACACCUCCCCAUGUCAUUUCACUCAGUGAACGGCCGCUAGAUUUCUUAGACCUAGAGAGGGCCCCUCCUCAGACUCCUCAAAAUGAAGAGGUUCGCUCAGUUGGAAGGCUGAAAAGAGAACGUUCUAUGAGUGAAAAUGCAACUCGUCAAAAUGGUCAAUUGAUGAGAAAUGAUUCAAUUGUGACACCAUCACCUCAACAGGUUCGUGUCUGUCCUCCCCAAAUGUUCUCUGAAGAUGGAUCUAAUCUUUACUCUGCCCGGGGCCUAUUGUCGCUUAUCCAGUCUUCUACCCGUAGGGCUUACCAGCAAGUCUUGGAUGUGCUGGAUGAAAAUCGCAGGCCAGUGUUACGUGGUGGGUCGGCUGCUGCCACUUCCUCUAACCCUCAUCAUGACAACGCCAGAUACACUCUUUCAAAUGUGGAUACAACAUUUGAGGGAACAACAGAAGAUGUGACAGUUGUGGAUGCUGCUUCUUUAAGACGACAGAUAAUUAAACUUAAUCGGCGUCUACAACUUCUGGAAGAAGAAAACAAAGAGCGUGCUAAACGAGAAAUGAUCAUGUACUCAAUUACUGUAGCUUUCUGGCUACUAAAUAGUUGGCUUUGGUUUCGACGCUAGAAAUGGUCACAACAAAAGAUUUCAAGAAAUAUAGAGAGAAUUUGUUUAGUCCUUUGUUUCUGUCUCUGAAUUGUAUGGUGAUUUAUGAUCCAUGCACUGGCAAUUUAUGCCACAGUAAACAACUGUAACAUAACAUUACAGUGUUAAAGGGAGGCCUGGAUGAUUGUAUUAAGUUUUUUUCAGAUUUGUUGUAACAUCCUGUUAUCUUCCUUUUGCAUGACUCUUACAUUUGGAUUGAAUUAUUUUGCAAAGGGAAUUGCCUCCACCUAACAAAGGUGUACUGUGGACAAUUCUCUAACAUAGAAAGAAAACAAAGCUGGAUUUUGGAAUUAAUUGAAAAGUGGCCUAACUUAAACUAUGGGUUUCUCAUUGUUAUUCCAUUAUUAAAUGUAGCACCUUCACAGUUAACCUUAUUGCACUUGUUUUCCUUUAGCCAAAUUUCAGGCAGUAGUGCACCAGAUUAAAAAGCAUCCUGAGUAUCUCUCAUUCAAGCACAUGUACAUAUUGACUAAAAUACAUUCUUUGCUAUGAUGUCAGCAGAUUAUCCAGGGGUGUGUGUAAGAUGUAUUUUAGUUUUAAUUUUGCAAUGUUUUUUCUAAAAAACAAAAACAAAAAAAAUACUAUUUUUAAGCAGGUCUGUCCAUGAGUGAUCUAAAGAUUAUGGAACAAAGUACCAAUGUAAUGUAUUUAAUAAAUGUCAACCCACAGCAA